GUGAUGACAAAGCUUGUUCAACGACUGGUGCAGGUGGUGGCGAUCGAACAGAAAGUGUCGCUAGGGUACUGUAAUUAUUUUUUUCUGUCUAUAAUAUUAUUAAUAUUAUUGUAAAUAUCUCCAAAAAUGGCCAUGGAAAAGCAAGCCGUAAUCACGGAAACACACCAUCGUCAAAUUACAGCCAUUGGCUAUCAUCCUGUACGGCGGGAAAUUCUUGCUGGUUUUGAAGAUGGUGUCAUUAAAACCUUUGAAGCUGAAGGUUCAAAGCUAGUGCAUACAUCAUGGGAGCACCAAGGAUGGAUUACAGAUUUUCUUUACUGGACUGAAGGUAAAGUGAUGUUCUCAUCCUCCAAUGAUGGUUACAUUGUUGCAUGGGCAUCUGGUGGUGGAGUCUUCGAUAGAAUUAGAGUUGGGUCCCCAGUAUAUUGCAUGGCCCUACACGUCAGACGGAGGCAACUAGUCUGUGGAUUUAACCAAGCAAUCAGAGUGUUUAGUCUUGAUGAGGGAGGAGCUGUGCAACCAUCUGCAGUUGCUGAUAAGGAGGGUAGUCAUCUGAUACAUAUUAAGUCCGGCUCAACGUCAACUGAACACAAAGACAUCGUCAAGUGUAUCGUCUGCCACGAAUCACGUGUGUAUUCUGCAGGGUACGAUCAAAAAUUGAUAAUAUACGAUUCUUCAAGCUACCCUGGACAUAGAGGGCUUACUCCAGUUUUCAUAAACCACAGAGCACAUGAGGCAGGAAUAUCCACAUUGGUGCUGGUUAAAGACACUGAAAACAAUACAUGGUUGAUUACAGGCUCGUUUGAUAAGGUUGUCAAGAUAUGGUCGCAAGAUGGCAAGUUAACACAUCGAUUAGAUGGCUUUAUCUCAACGGUGACCGACAUCUGUUAUGUCCCAAAAAACAAAACAUUGUGGGUUGCAGGUGGUGCCCCAGUUGCAAGCCUUUUUGAUCCAAAGUCAGGUGAAAAUGUGUCAGACUUUAUUGGUACUUUCCAAGAAUCAGAGGCAAAUGAGAAAUACCACAUUCAACUUCUGAAAUAUUUUCCUGAGUUGCAUCAGGUUGUGGCAAGUACAAGUCGACGUCAUUUGAUAGUUUGGAAGUAUAAUCCCUCGGCCUGCAUCACAGCGUUGAAGUGCAAACAUGCUGCAGAAUGCCUUACGUACACCAAGAAAGUACCAAUCCUAAUCUUCAGCGGUGGUAAUGAUGGCGAUUUACAGAAGUGGGAAAGACUGCAAUCAAACCAUUUUAUGUAUAGCAAAGAGAUAUUCCCUGUGUCAGAGGCCUACAGUAAACUAGCACAGAUUAAGAACAUCAAACGACAAGCAGCAGCCAAACAAACAGUACGAUCAGUCAAUCGACCAAAUCAGUACGCCCCCAAUGACAGAGAGCUCAACCAAAAUAAGGUUGUGGAUAAACACCUGUCAGCCCUGCUACAGGCCUUGUUUGUUGAGUACUUAGAUCUACUGUUGAUAGCUUCAGAAGAUUGCAAUAUAUAUUGCUGGGGUUUUGAUGAUGCUGCGGUCGAUGCUCUGAAGGGUAUGAAGCCAGCUGGGUUUGAUCACCUUGUCAAGAAGUAUGCAAUAUUACUGAACGAUGACUCGGAACUCCUGAUGAACAAUAGUUGCGAUAAUCAGGAAGUUCAGGAACAAGACUCAGUUACCAAUCGUGUGGCAGGUUUCAUGUGCAAGAAUGUGUUAACAGGACACAGCAACUGUAUCACUAGCAUGGUGCUGGUUGGCAGGGACAGUGGAUAUCACAGCACAUACCUGCUGUCAUCUGGUUGGGAUCGACGCAUUUGUAUCUGGGACUUAGAAAGUGGAAGCCUUCAUGAUACCUUCCGCAAUACAUCACCAAACAAUGCAAAUGAUGAGGAGUUAGCCUGUGAUGGUAUUGUCAUUGAUAUGACAUACUGUCAGAAAAGGAAUGAGUUUGCGUAUGCAUCCAGUGAUAAGAUGGUGUACAUCCGUAAGUUCAGUGAUGACGGCAGUGAAAUGACGUUAUGCAAUACCCUGCAAGGUCAUGACGCUGAGAUCACUCAGGUCAGGUGGAAUACUGUCACAGAUAAAUGGAUCACAGGCUCCGAAGAUGGCACCAUUAGGAUUUGGAGUGAAGAUGGGAUGUCAUGUGACCAGAUUCUAGCCACUCACGGACCAGUAACAUCGCUGUGUAUUGACUUGAAAAAUGGCAGUGUAGUGGCUGGAAUACAGAACACAAUCAAAGUGUAUGACUCUGAAACCUUUAAACUAAUGCAGACUAACAUCGGACACAGUGACUUAGUCAGAAGUAUCAUACAUAUCCCUGACAGAAAUCAGUACGUGUCAGCCUCCUGGGAUAAAACAAUUCGAAUAUGGAACGCAUACAAACAGAAGAAGCGUGUUCAAAAAUUGGAUGAAAAACGAGAUGGUACUUCAUGUUAUACAGUAAAUAAUCCUAACCAUUCUGUUGAUGACAUGUACACACCAUGUUAAUAGUUGUGAAUGUGUUGUGGGUGUAGUCAACAACUUGAUGACGGAAGCUGAUUGGUUUACCCAUGUUGUGGGCAUGAUCAGCUUCUUAGGAAUUUAAUCUGAUUGGUUUACCCAUGAUGUGGGUGUGGUCAGUGUCUUAGGAAUUUAAGCUGAUUGGUUUAUCCAUGUUGUGAAUGUGGUCAGCUACUUAAGGAUUAAAGCUGAUUGAUUUAUCCAUGUUGUGGGUGUGGUUGGCUAGUUGAUGGAUGGAAGUUGAUUGCUUUAUCUGUGUUGUGGGUGUGGCCAAAUACUUAAUGAUAGCAGCUGAUGAGUUUAUUAAUCAAUAUGGUUAUCCAAGUGAAUUGAUUUUUGAAUUUCUGUGAUGGCAACUCACAAGAACAACUCUUAUUGAUAACUCAUAUUGUUCAAUUUUUAUACAUUCCAUAUUUAUUGUUUGCUGUGUGCUUUCCAGUCUUACCAAAGUAUUUUAAUGCUAUAGCUUUCAUAAACCAAUAUAUUAUAAUACUAUGUAAUAUAUAUUUAUUAGCAUUUUAUUUCCAAAUCAUAUGGACGGUGUCUAUAUUUAUUAAAGUACUUACCAAAAACAUUAUUCUUAUUUAUUUUUUUCUUGUGUUCUUUGUUAAUUUUUUUAUUAACUGAGGUAUAAAAAAUGGUGAAUACAAAGCAUAGCACAAAGCUAUAAUGCUUGCAUAUGAAACACCUGUCAGUCCACUGCUUAGUAUUGUUGCUAGUAUCUUACUUGUAAACCACCAGCUUUACCAUUGAUUUUAUUGAUUUCAGCAUGAUGCUUCAGUUGGUACAGAAUAAAUUAUAAUUGUAUUUAUAACAAUAUAAGUAUACUGUAAUUAUUAAGGUUAUAAUAAUAUUUGAAUUCUAUGGAUGCAUUUUAAAAGUAUGUAGUGUUUAUAUGAUGAUAAAGGAAUACUUUAUUGGUAUUUAAUAUUAAUGCCUUGAAAAAAACCUAAUGACAUACUAGCAACUUAUUUAUUUCAACUGGUGUCUUUCAUUCAUUUUAUCAAAAUUUACAUUAAAAAAAAAUGUAUAUUAUUUUAUACGGUUGUCCUAACAACUCUUUAAGCUUCAUGUUUUAUUCAUGUUUUGAAACAUUUUUGGUAAGUUCCGUAUUGUUCAUUCAUAUAUUCAUUCAUUUACUCAUGUAUUCAUUCAUUAAUUGUUCAUUCAUUUUUUCAUCCAUGUAUUUAUUCAUUGAAUCAUUCAUUCAUUUACUAAUCCAUUCUUGUAUUCAUUUGUUUUAAAAGCUGUUUUGAAAGCUGUGGAACCGCUUAGCUAUAUUUAUAAAUAACAUACAUAGUACAAUACAUGACGUACUAUUUUGUUCCUGUGGGUGUUGAGAUAUUUGUGUGCAUGUUUCAUCCACAACAUGUUUUGCUUUUUAAAUAUUGUAUAUUGUAAAUGAUUCAACUGAUGUUGAAUUUUAUCUGUAUGAUACAUUUAUCAUAUGUUUGUAUGUAAACAACUGCCAACCUAUAUACUAUCAAACAAGUUUGUAUGCUGCAAGUGAUGUGAUACAUAAUACCAAUAUAUAUAUAUAUAUAUAUAUAUAUAUAUAUACACUGUAACGUAUAUUGAAAACAUUAAUUUUUAUAUUUUUACACAUAUAAUAUAUUGUAUAUGCUUGAUUAUAUAUUUGUUAUUUUAAAAUGAUUAUUAUAAUAAAAUUGUUAAUGCUUUGAAUCAAUUAGGUCUUGACUUUCAACUUUGUUCAGUGCAACCAGCAAGAUCAUUUGGUAAGCAGUGUGUGCUACACAAAAGUACCUUUGACUCAAACACAGUAUCUAGCAUGUGUGUAGACAUGCUAAGAAGAAGCACAGCACUGUAAAUACAAUAUAAACAAAUAAAUAUAUAAUCAUACCAGUGCUUGAGUAGGAACAUGUGAUGUCAUCAAAAAUAGCCCUUCAACGAAAAGUUGACCUUAGGUCCAAUAAAAUUUUGUAUGUUCAUCACGAUAUUCUUAAAAAUUAAAAUGUUAACUCUCCACACGGCAACUGAGAGCGAAGAGUGCACAACACUUUGAACUUAUCUCAGUCAAGAAAUUAUCACGGUCUAGAUACUGAUGGAUCACAAAUUACAAUACAAAUUACACAACAAUUCCCAUUUGUAACUUUAAUAUACUGCAACUUCACACAUUUCAAAAAAAUUAUAUAAAGCUAUUUCAGUUUCAGUUUAUAUGUACUAUAUCAUGGAAUAAAUGUUAAACACCGUGUCACAUACCAACUCCAUAAACCUUAUAUUUUUUUCAUUCUAUUCAUGUAAAUCAGAGAUUAACAAGGAACAGACAACAAAAUGAGUGAAUGAUUUGAUAAAAUAAAAACAGGAAAAACACUUAAUACAUAAAAAAUAAAAAGAAAUCUAAAAAAUGCACAAAUAUUUUUAUUGAUUAGUCUAAUUAUCCUAUGUUUAUCUAAAAUAUACUGUACUACUAUAAAUUGUUAGUAUCGACUGAUAUUAAUAUCAUAAUACUAAUAACAGUACAGGUGUACGAUGCGUUUAUUUUGUUUAAAAUUUCAAGUUACUGAGUUGUCAAAAUCGACCUGAAUGUUUUUAUCCAGUGGCGUAUCUGGGUGAUGUGUGGGUGGCACAUGACCCCCCCCCCCCCCUCUAUUACUAGAAAUGUCUGAAU